AUGAGAAACCACACAGUAAUGACAACGUUCAUCUUGCUGGGACUUACAGAUGAUCCAGGCCUCCAAAUUCUGUUUUUUGUCAUUUUAUUUCUGACAUAUAUUCUGAGCAUAAUGGGGAACCUGACAAUUAUCAUUCUCACCCUGAUGGACUCUCAUCUUAAUACACCUAUGUAUUUUUUUCUCAGAAACUUCUCCUUCUUAGAAAUCUCAUUCACAACAGUCUGUAUUCCUAGAUUCNUNUACAGUAUAUCANCUGGGGAUAAUACCAUAACAUACAAUGCUUGUGCCAGUCAAAUAUUUUUUGUUGGACUCUUUGGAGCCACAGAGUUUUUUCUGCUGGCAGCUAUGUCCUAUGACCGCUAUGUGGCCAUCUGCAAGCCCUUGCACUAUAUGACCAUCAUGGACAACAAAGUUUGUGCCAUCCUUGUCCUCUGUUGCUGGACUUCUGGGCUGCUGGUCAUUAUCAUACCUCUUGGCAUGAUCCUCCAGCUGGAAUUCUGUGACUCUAACACCAUUGAUCACUUUUUCUGUGAUGCAUCAUCACCUCUUAUCAAAAUCUCCUGCGCAGAUACGUGGUUUUUGGAGCAGACUGUCGUUGUUUUUGCAGUGCUGACUUUCAUCAUUACAUUAAUAGUUGUGAUUCUCUCUUACAUAUACAUUAUCCGGACAAUUCUCAGAUUCCCUUCUGCUCAUCAGAGGAAGAAAGCAUUUUCUACCUGCUCUUCUCACAUGAUUGUAGUUUCCAUCAUGUAUGGNAGCUGNAUUUUUAUCUANGUGACACCUUCUGCCAAAGAACAGGUAGCUAUCAAUAAAGGAGUAUCUAUGCUCAAUACAUCUGUUGCCCCUUUGUUAAAUCCAUUUAUUUAUACUUUGAGAAAUAAGCAAGUGAAGCAAGCUUUUAAUGACACAGUAAAAAAAUUGCAUAUCUCUUACACCAAUAAGAACAAGUUGGAUUUAAGCAGCUAG